GUGCCGCCCGCCGGGCCGCGAGCGUACACUCGCCGCGCCUCGCCUCCCAGCGCGUGUUUGUGUUGGUGAAACAGUGUUAGUGCUCCGCCGCUCCGCCCCAGUGUUGUGUUGUUGUUGGCGGCGACUUUGGACGGUCUGAGCGCCCCGCCGGCGUGUCGGCCAUGUCCGAGGCCAUGUCCGAGGCCAUGUCGGCCCUGGGAACCUAGUCCCCCCGCCGGCAUGGUGUAGACCGUGCGCACCCUGGCCGCCAUGUGUGGCAAGCACGGCGUCAACGACGACGGACGACGACGCCGGCCACGCACCGCCUCACUCAUGGAUACCGCCGCCUUCGUCCUCGUCCUUCUCUUCAUAUCAGCGAGCGGGCUGCAGAUCACGGAGCUGAACGUGCCCGUGCACGUGGACGUCCGCGGCACGGCCACGCUGGUGUGCCACUACAACCUGCAGAACGCCACCCUCAACUCGGUCAAGUGGUACAAGGACGAGCGGGAGUUCUUCCGCUACAUCCCCGGCAUGUCGCCGCCCACCAAGGCCUUCCCGCUGCAGGGCAUCAACCUGGACUUGAGCCCCAGCAAGUCGUACGACACGCGGGUGACGCUGCGGCCGCUGUACUACAACACCUCGGGCACGUUUCGCUGCGAGGUGUCGGCGGACGCGCCCAAGUUCGAGACGGUGCACCAGGAGAGCAACAUGACCGUGCUGGGUCUGCCGCAGAGCAAGCCCGCCGUCUCGGGCGUGGAGAAGGCCUACAACCUGGGCGACAAGAUCGAGGCCAACUGCACGUCGGACAAAUCGUGGCCGCCCGCCACGGUGCAGUGGCUCAUCAACAACCAAAUGCCCGACCGUCGGCAGAGCGGCUCCUACGCGCUGCCGGACGAGCCGAACCAGUGGGGGCUGCAGGCCAGCACCCAGUGGCUGCGGCUGCACGCGGACCGGAAGUACUUCGAGAACGGGCGCAUCGAGCUCCGCUGUCGCGCCACCAUGCCCACCGUGCCGCCGGUGGUGCGGGAGACGAGCGUCGCCCCGCACCUAGCCUCCAACGAGAAGCUGGCGCAGCGGUCGCCGGCCGCGAGCCCCACAGUUCAACUGGGACUCCUGGUCGCGGCGUCCGCGGCGCUGCUGCGGCGGAGCUUAUGAAUCUGCGCGGCAACGCGUCGGAGUUGGCGCGGCUCAGGAAAGACUUUACGCUAAGUGAUGUACAUACUCCGUUGAAGUGGAUGCUCAAUGAAGCCUUCUGUGAAGUUCGGUGCGAAUGGCGUGCUGUGUUUCUGUUCGUGUAGUUUAUCAAUUCAUGAGUGUACGUAUUUUGUGUUUUGCAUAUUUCUUAUGGAUGACUUGUGCGAAAGGUGAAAUUAUGGGCGAAAUGAAGUUUUUAUAUUUCGGGCGCAAAUUAUGUUAAGAAAAAGACAGCCAAAUAUCCUCAUUAACUCGUAUAGGUAGUAACUUUAAUUGUUGGUCAUAGUUUGUUAUUGCUUUUGUUUUUUGCAUGUUUUUCUUUUUUCAAAAUUUUCAGACCUCCGUGCCACUUUUACAAACACGAUAAUGAUGUUCUGUAUAUUCAUUGUGUGGUACUCAGUAGGAUAAAAAUUUUCGAAAUUUCGAUCGGUUUGCCUACUCGUAGUUAUGUCUCCCCCAUGUUAUUUUUGAUAUUGACCGUUCAUUUGAAUACUUUCAACCCCUGUAGCCCAUUUCGCUGUUUAUUAAGUAUUUGACUUUAUUAAAGAGACCAGUGUGAUAUAAUAAUAGACAGUCGCUGACUUAGAGUGACAUAUUUUUCUGUUCAUAAUGUACCGUAUUUGUUAUGAUUGGAAAAACACGGAUAAAAAUGUAUGUAAAAUCAAAUAUUGUGGAAUUGUACAUAACAAAUGUUUAGCCGAUAGUCAAAACAGUUUCCAUUCAGGAACUAUUGUUUGUAACUUAAAUGUUAACUCAAUGAUGUAGUACAUCACGUGCAUCAUUUCUAUUUGUUAGACUUCCUUCUUGAGAUGUUUAUAUUUAAUUUUCCGCUUGUUCCCCAUAGCUGAAAAUCUCUAAGCAAUGAUAUGUGUACAUAAUGUAUUAAAGUGUCACGUUACUGUGAUUUAUUUGUUAUGCGUUACCUGAUACGGUGGUGCAGGCGUGUCAUAUUGUCACUGUUCAUCUGUGGCUGAGUGCUACAGUUGUAAUUAACAAUUUGUUUCAAUUUUUAUGACCACGAAAGGAAAGAAAUUCGUAUAUAUUGAUAAUGAACGUUGUAAUGGCCGAUCAAAAUCGCCCUAUGUUAAAUCGAAAGACGACUUGCACCACUAUAGAGGGCUAUUAAAUGUUUAAUAUGUAAAUAAGAAGUUCAAUUGUACAUAUUGCAACUUUUGUUCUUUAAAUUUACUUGUGUAUGCACACUAGGAAUUCAAUUUUUUCUGGCAAAAUGAACGACAUGUAUGGAGGGUAUAAUGAAUUCGCACCAUAUCCUAAAAUUCCUAAAAUGUAUCCUUUUGAGUUAUUUACAAUUGUGUUUUUUUUCUUUUAAAGGUUUAGUCUUUUAUGCGCUAAUGUAAAACACCCAAAGAAUUGGCUUUUCCGCCUUACAGUUAGUUCUCUAACCCCAACAAAUUCUGACUGAAAUAACAUUGUUUUGGGGGCUAUACUGGAUCGAGCAGCCUGCCCAGGGCACCCCAGUGCAACCCGUCAAAUUGUUUCCGUCCUUUUCUCGCGGCGCGCAAAUCAAAAAUGUUCCAUGCUUCGUUUUCUCAGUUGCCUUUUGAAAGUUUGUUUCGCACAAUCAAAUCACUCGCAUGCCUACGGAUUCUGCUUUUAAAAAAACAAAUGUUCAAUGAUGUGCAUAGGGAUUGUAUUGUUUGUAAAACGACUGGAAAUUCGUAGUUUGGUCAAACCACCUGAUGCCUCAGCCGCGCCCGGUUUCGAAAAGAGUAACGUAAACGACAUUGACAUUCUAAACAAUCCAUAAGUUAUUUUUGUUUAAACUCGAGCCCUUUUCUCGGUGAGUGUGUAAAAACGUGUUCGUUAUUUAUGUUUUUAUUCACAGAAUAAACGAGCCUUAUGGGAACGUCA